CAAGGCAGCUGCUUCAGCUCAGCCCUUCCUUGCCGGCAGAGGGCAGGGCCCCUUUCCCUGCAUCCCCGUCCCGGCUCCCUGCACCUCCAGCCGGGGGGUUAACCAGACCCACGCGAAAGAGGAAGAGAGAAGCGGCCGAGCAGCCAGGAGGAGGGAGCGGAGGCUGGGGAGAGGGGGCGAGCGAGCGAGCCCAGAGGCGGAACUGCCGAGCCAGCCGCCGCCGCCGCCUUACCCUGCCCGGCUCGCUCCGGCACAGAGACCCGGCUGCCCCGGCGUCCUGAGCCGAGCCUCCCCGACCGCGCUCCGCCUCCAGCCCCGGCAGCGGCUCCCGCGGCCCCGCAGCAGAGGCAGCGAUGCAGGCGCUGGCCCUGGCCCUCUGUGCCCUGCAGCUGUGCCCAGCGGUGCUGGGCGGCCGGUGGGGGCAGCCCUUCCUGGUGGAGAGGCCUCAGUCCCGGCGGCUGAGCAAGGUUGGUGGCUUCUCGUGGCAGAACUGUGGCAAUGGGACCGAUCCCUUUGUGAUUAAGAGUCUGUCCGUAGCCCCGGAUCCGAUCUACAUCCCCGGGAACCUGAAAGUCAGCGUGGAGGUUUCCAGUGAAGCUGACAUCGGCUCCCCUCUGAAGGCGGUGUUUACCGUGGAAAAGAAGAUCGUUGACAUAUGGAUAAAGAUCCCCUGUGUGGACCAGAUUGGGAGCUGCACGUAUGAUGGCCUUUGCGGAAUGCUGGACAACGUCAUCCCCCCCGGAUCACCAUGCCCAGAGCCUCUGCUCAGCUACGGCAUCCCCUGUCACUGCCCCUUCAAACAGGGCUCCUACUCCCUGCCAUCCAGUGAGUUCUACUUGCCCAUCAUACAGUUGCCCUCCUGGCUGACUAAUGGCGACUACCGCAUCCAGGUUGUCCUGAGCAACGAUGCCAAGCAGCUCGCCUGUGUCAAGGUGGCCUUGUCCCUCCACUCCGAGUGAGGCUGGCCAGCCCUGCCCGACCACAAGCCCACCCCCCGCUGCAGACUGCCGCGUUUCCUUUCUCUUCCCGCUGGCAGAGACACACCCCGGAGCCGGUUGGCAGCUCUCUUCCUCCUUCCGCUGCCUCUUGCUGUCGCCGGCCCUCACACAGCUGCUGCUUGCCCUUUCCUGCCUCUAUUCGCCCUUCUCCCUCUCAGGAAAAAAUGGCCAAUGGAGGGGGGGAUGGCGGGGAGAGGCCUUUGUCUUCUAUGCAGGGUGGACUUAGAGGUGGGCAAGGCUGGCAAAUGCCAGCGGGGCCCUCUCUGGUUGGGUCCCUCCUGAUUCAAAGCCUCUUGAAGUCAAUAGGAGCCUUUCCAAGGGCUCCGGCUCCUAGCAAGGAGACUUGAGAGAGUCUUCGUCGCAGUGCCUACAAUUGCAGCCCCACUUGUUGCCUUUCCCAGCGGGGCUUAGAGCCCUUCCCUCCACCCCUGUUCAUGCUGUUCUGGAGAGCAGCGUCCCUCUUCUGGUCCUGGUCGGCUGCGCACCAUUCACCAUGCCAGCUUUGGGCAGAUUCCCUGAAGUCAAUAGAAAACACACCCACCCCCCGGAGGGAUCAGGCCCACAGGGAGGCACACAGCACUAAACAGAACUUCCCAUCGCAGUUUCUGUUUGAGUCCCAGCUGCGCUUUGCUGGGGAACGCCCCACACUGCAGCGCUAUGUGCUGGAUGGCCGUAUGGGUCUCUUCUGCCCCUGACUUCUCUGAUCCUAGGAAAUAUCAGGUUAAACUGCUGGCUCGGGUCUAAUGCUGACACUUUCCGUCAUAUCCUAGUGGUGGCUCCAACUUUCCGGAGCUCCGUUCCAGGCCAGAAUGUUCCCUAUGCGCACUCUCGCCUUGAGAGAGUCGUAUCGCUGUGCUACAAACCAGCCUUAAGGGGGGGGGGGGGGGUCUAGUUUGAUUAUUUUCCCACAUAUGUAAUGAAAUUGCAUUUUUCAUGUUGCUUAAUGCUCCCUUCUCCCCCCUCCAGUCAGUAACAAUGGGAGGGCCUGGUAGCCCUCUAGUUGACUGGUGUUAAACAAAAUGGGGUUUCACAAUAUUCCACCCAUUGAGUGGCCUAGUUAACCUCUACCGUCCCAGGGGGUUUUGCCAUCUGUGGGCUAGGGUGUGGGGCUGUUUUUGUGUGUCUGGGUUU